AUGCUUAACGCGUGCAAGGGUAACAGCAACUGCUGUCGGGAGGAAAGCGACGACACGAAAGAGCUCGUGCACGAAGGAAGGCACGACCUGUUCGAUCAACGGUUGGGGAAGGAGAAUGGGGAAUUUAAAAAGAUCAUCGAGGGGGAGCCCGACCAGUCCAAAGCUGUCGAAAUUGGUCAGCGAACGGAGAGGGAAUACGUUGCCAUAACUGCGUACCAGCCAGUCGACAUCGUGACAAGGACAGUCGAGGUGCCCUUCGUGCGUACCAUAGAAACGAUGGUUCCAAAAAUUACGUACGAAAGCAAGAUUAGGGAGGUCCCCAAGUACUACUCCAAAAUUGUGGAAAAGGUUGUGGAAGUGCCGGAGGUGAAAUUCGUUGACAAAAUCGUAGAUGUACCGCGAAUUCAGUACUGCUUCAAAUAUGUCCCUAAGGUAGAGGUGAAGGAAAAUAUAAUUGAGAGGCCAGUCUUCCAACAGAAGAUCGUAGAGAAAAUUGUAGAAGUACCCAAGGUGAAGGAGAUGCAGAGGUUCCAGGAGGUUGAGACCGUGGAAUAUGUCAUCAAGUACGUACCGAAGGGAUUCACGGAGGGAAGAAAAAAAUCAGACGGCGACAGUGACGACGGGAAGGAAAAGAAGGAAGAAGACACAGAUGAGGAAAGGGACACAGGCGAAGAAAAAGAAGGAAAGGAGGAUGAGGAAGAUGCUAGAAAUUCCAGAUUUUACGAAACGAAAAAUUAUUCUGAAGGAGCUAAGCUGAUUAGUAAUGCACAAAUGAAUGAGGCCCCAAUAUGGCGACAGGCAAUAUCUAUGGGCCAGGAUAAAAUGUUUCCAUACGUUUUUAGUAGACCUAUGCAAGGACAGAUGGAAACACAUGCAGGGAUGGGAACUCCUUGGGGAAGUGCUGUAGUUGGGGGAGAACCAUAUGGAGAAGCUUACGAAGGAGGAACAGCUCACCCCACGUUUGACAUGCGAAAUGAGCUAUCUCUAAUGCAGAUGAAUGAAAAGAAUGGUUCGAUUUUACCAACACCACGGAUAGAACAAGUGUUUAAACCGAAAAUUGUGAAGAAUAUAGAAGUGCAGAAGCAUGUACCCAUUUCUGUGGAUGUGCCAGUUCCAUAUAUGGUCCCUAAACCUGUGGUUGUUAAUGUAGAAGUGCCUGUUUUGAAAUUUAGGGAUACAUUUGUGCCUGUACCGGUCAGGAGAAAAAUCAUCCCCAAAAUUAAGUGGAUCUCAGAUGUUUAUCAAGUAGAGUGCAUAAAGGAGAAACCAUAUCUGAAGAUACAGGAUGUGAUAAGACCAAUUCCUUGUGAUGUACAAAUAAAGUAUAGGAAGUACAUGGAAAAGGCUUGCGCUGUGAAUCCUAAUGAAUUACCACAGGAUGAUGUGCAUGCCAUGUGGAUGCGCGUGAAUGCUCACCUCGCUGAACAGAAGAAGAGAGAAUAUGGGGAUCUAUAUCCGUACUAUCGAGCGGAAGGAGAAGGCGAAAACGAGAGCAACAAUAACAGUAACAAGGACAACAACAGCAACUCUGGAAAAGAGGAGCAGGACGGAAGUGAAGGCACAGAAUUUUCGGAAGAGGGAAGGAUGCACGAAGGAGAAAUGAAGGAAGGUGCUUUGGAAGAGGAAGGCGAAGUCUCGGGUAGGGCGAGCAAGCAGGAGGAAGUGGGGGAAGACAAGGAAGAGCGUGGCGAGGGGGAAGAGACUAUCGUUAUUGAAAAGGGUGGGGUGAUGGAACAAAGGGAGAUGGCUAUUCCGAAUGGGGAAAUCAUACAAAUUGGCGAAGUUGCACAAUACGGACCAAUGAUAGAAGUUCUAAGGAGAGAGCAGGCCGAAAUGGACCAAACCAAAGUGGAGGAAUGGAGACAAGUCGAAGGAAUAGAAAAGGUAAACGCAGAGCAAAAUAUCUUUUACGCUUAUGAAGGGUCGGAGCAAAUGCAAAAGGAGGGAAAGAGUUGUAAUGUGUUUUGUAAAAAUACAAAUGAUCCUGUUAGUGGCAUAUCGGAAAAUGAGGACAGAUAUAAUUUCGAAUGUGUAGAUGAAUUUAUGAAGGAAAUGAAGAAACAAGAUAAUUUGGAGGAAGGAGCCGUGGCUUCUCUGUACCCAUCACACCCUCUAGCCAUGACAUACUUGCAGAACAAGUGGAUUCAGACAGACACACUAAGGACACAUGAACUUUACCAAGACGACUUCGUUCGGGCAAGUAUUAAUGCGAAUUUUAAUUUACAAAAUAGGAAUCCAGUAAUAUCAGAGGUUAUGAAAAAUCAAAAUUUUUUAAAAACUGCCAACCCCCUCAUUUCUCCUUUUUUCCCACGGAAUAUACAGAACAUAGAAAAUGCAUACAACAGAGUUAUAGUACAGAACAUACAGGAGGAGAAUAUGCGCUGCCAAGGGGAUACUAAUAAGUAUGAGCGAAAGGUGCAUACCCCCGCGGGGGAUAUGGAGGUAAGGAUGUAUGACGAAGGGGUCGCUGGUCAUACGUGCGCUUCGGAGGGGAAAUGCUGUAGCUACUUUUGCAAACACUGA